AUGGCUGACGUUGAGCAGGCCCCCGUCGACGACUCCGUCGCCGCUUCGGAGGCGACGGAGGAUCAAUCUCACAGCGCGACAGUAAGCGCAACGGUCGGAACGAGACGUCAAGCCAAUGGUACCAUUGGCUCAGUCUAUUCUGGCAACAAAAUCCGACACCUGAAGAAGGAAGAUGGCAUUCCUUUGUGGCGGACAGACAUUCAGUACCAGUUCCUCAAACUGGUCUUUGAGGAUAAAACCCCUGUCUUCACACGAUACCCUGAUGGCAAGAAGAACUGCGACUUUGCCGAUAUAUAUAUCGAUGCGAUGGCCCGAAGUAGUAAGACCAGCAAGAUCUUGAAGGACAAGCUCCAGAAUGACAAACCCGCCGCAAUUAGCAUGGCGAUGGUCUGUCUGCUGGUCAAUUUCGGUCGCAUGAACACAACACUCAACUUCUUCCCCGAAAUGCGCGCUCAAUUACGUACCUACCAUUCCAUUCCCUCCUUACAAGCCUACCAGGAUUCCAAUGCCUACAAACAACUCCAGGAUGCUCCUCGCCUCAAAUCUAUUCUGAAGGGCGCGUCUGAAGAUGUAGACCAGCCCAACACUCUGGACAAAAUUAAGCGCCAGGCGAUUCCCCGGACCAAUCCUGUGAAUCUCAUCUUCGUCCUGGCCCAGUACGCGCCAAAAGUCUCCGAGAUUCACUUCUUCCCACCCCGCGACUUCUUCGAUCUAGUCAUGCGGUCAACCCUGAGCAGCAAGACCCGCGCCAAAGCUUUCUUGUGGUUAAUGUGGUGGUAUCUAGAGAGUGACUUCUCGGAAGAUGCGGCGCUCAACAAUCCAUUUGGAGCGGGUCUCGAAGGCGAGGGCACCGGCGGCCUCCCCAUCAAAGUCCCUGCUUUUGAGAGUUUGACGGAAGAACAGGCCAAUUUGGAGAAUGUGGACACACCCGAGGAACUGGAGUAUGGUGAAGCCAAGAGAUUAGAACGCAAGCGUAUCCUGGAAGAGGACGAGCCGGUUUCUCGAGCUUCGAAGCGAUCACGAAAAGAAUACAACGUUGACGAAGACUCAUUCGUCGGAGAUUACUCGGGUCUUGGGGGCCGCGGCUCCGCAAUGUCAACCCCUAUGCAUGCCUCUGGAAAGCGUGGCUUGGAAGAUGAUGAUGACGAGCUCACUCCUGGCUACUCGCGGCCUCGAAAUAAACAAGCCAAGCGAGACUCAUCGCUGAAUCGCGUUGUUGGCCACCAACGACUGAUUCUCAAGACGCGGAUGGAUCACACCCCCGACGCAUCACCGGCACCUCCGGGCUCUGGCCAUCCCGUUUUGAAUCGCUUCAUUGCCGAGCCAUCCCUAUCGCACGGCUCUGGUCGCCGACCACGGCCACUUACACAACACCAGAUCGCUGUUGAACAGAAUCGACGGCAGCGAAUUGAGUAUCUACUGGCUAAACGGAAAAGCAAUGUCUACCGUGCCCUUCGACAGAAGCGGAACAAUGAAAUUCCAUGUGUUCGCUACGGUCGCCUACUCCAGGGACUACCAGACGGUUACGAUACGGAAGACGAGGAGAAGUCGUGGGGCAAGGGCGGACUACUUCCCAAUCCAAAGGAUGAGGAUGACUAUGGUGAAUGUGCCAGUUUCUUUCUCUCAGUGGUCCGAAAAGCGUCCCGGCGGUUGGACCGAUGGGAUUACGAAGACGCCAAUGGGCCAAGGAAGGAUCGACAAAAGGAACGCGAAGAGCGUCAGAGGGCCAAAGCAGCCAUUGAGGCUGACGUACGGGCCAGCAGUAACCGCGCUCGUCCACGCGUUCCGCGAUCUGCUGCUGCGAAGCGCAAGUCUACCGGGCCAACGUCUACACCUAGCGCGGGCAGGAAAACAGCUGGUUCUCGUGGCAAGACUGCUUGUAAUCGUCUUGCGACUGGAGGUCCAGAGACCCCCGUUGCUGUUACCCCAGACUGGGAUGCUGAGAACGGCGUGGGAGAUGAAGAUCUCGAGGGUGAACUUGAUGAGCUUGACCGCGAGCUCCUGGGUGAGGCGUCCGGUGAGGAGGACGGUGGUCCUCAAGAUGGCGACGGAGAGGGUGAAGGAGAAGGUGAUGGAGAAGGAGACGUGGAUGGAGACUCUACGGAUGAGUCCGGUGACGAGGACGGCGAUGUGGACGUUGACGAGAAUUCAUCGACCUACGAUGGCCCUAACGGAUACGCACGGCAUGGGAGCUCAUCCCCUCCUCCUCAAGGCCUCCACGACGCCGAAGACGAUAUGGAGGAAUAA